GUUAGAAGAGGGGCGGCGUUUAGGUGAAAGGACAACACGAAACAGCUGCCUUCAUAGUUCAAUACAAACGCAAGACAGCAGCAAUGGAGGAGGGUACUGAAGUUCAGAGUGGAAAAAAGGAAGCUGGAAAGUCGCUCUCAGGGGCUGUUAUAGUUGAUGGAGAAAAAGUAAUUCCUUCAAGCAAGCGAAAUGAUGGAACUCUUCGCAAAGAGCGGAAAGUACGGCCAGGCUACACGGCACCGGAAGACAUUGUUCGCUAUCGACCAAGGGAUCCAAACCGGUCUGGUCGAAACGCUUUUGCCUUUUUGGAACAGCAACUACGAGGACUGUCAUUAAGCAAUGGGUCCGCAAAGCGAGCGGAAGGUGAAUUAAAAACAAAAGAUGAUGCCACUAAAAGCAAGAAAUCCGAAGGCGAACGAAGAAACAGAAAUGAUCAUGAAAUCUCAAAAUCUCAAAAAGUCGGUACGGUAGCUGAUAGUCCCGCAACAGAAAAGUUGCGGGACUCUGCAAAGCAAUCUCAAACUGAAAAAGGUUCUGCUAGAGUGUAUGUUCCUCCUCAUAGGCGGAGUCGUUUAGCAAAUUCUUUCGAUCGUGUUAAUAAAAAAGAAGUUUAAUUUAUAGAAAAAACAAAUUCGUGCACAAGAAAUAUGAAGAAUUGUAUGGCCUGGAAAAGAAUGCA